AUGGUGUUCCACGCUGACGGCAGCACCCGCCUGAUGUUGAAUCGAAGUCUGUUCUUAUCGAAUGCCAACUCGGCUGGACCUAGCGCCUUCGGACCUCGCGGCUUGCCGAUCGUGGGAAACAUAUUGGAUGUGAAACGUCUGGUCGAUGAAACGAAGUUCUAUUCUCAUGCCUGGUGUCGGUUAGCCGACAUUUACGGACCCAUCGUCGGCUUGAAGCUCGGCAUAGCCGAACCGUUGAUCAUUGUUUCCGGUAAGGAUGCGGUGAUCGAGAUGAUGAGUCGACCUCAGUUUGACGGCAGACCUAAUGGAUUUGUACAUAGACUUCGGACGGGGGGUGAACGGAGGGGUGUACUAUUCACCGAUGGCGAUGUCUGGCGAGACCAAAGAAGAUUUGCUCUGAGAACGUUGAAGGAAUUUGGAUUCGGAAAUGGUACAAUGGAGGAUAUAAUAUUAAACGACGCGGUUUCCUUAACGACCACGAUUGAAUCGCUGAGUAAAUCGGGACCAAUUACCAACUUGUACAAUAUUACCUCCAUAGCUGUUCUCAAUAGUUUAUGGACAUUAGUCGCUGGAGCCAGAUUUGACUUGGAGAAUCCGAAACUGACAGAGAUUUUAUCAGUGGUAAACGGGAUUAUCAGAAAUAGCAACGUCACCGGCGGCAUAUUGACCCACAUGCCGUUUUUAAGAUACAUUAUCCCAGGGUUAACCGGGUUUACCGUACUAAAUCAAAGACUGACACGAAUGUGGCAAUUCAUCGGGUCUGAAAUAGCGAGGCACAAACAAACUAGAACACACGGCGAGUUCAGAGACUUUAUCGAUGUUUACCUAGCGGAAAUGGAAACCAAGCAAUCAAGCUCAACCAUAUCAUCUUUUGACGAAGAGCAAUUAAUUAGCGUUGUGAAAGACCUCUUCAGCGCCGGUGUGGAAACGACAAACAAUACAAUUGGCUUCAUUAUCACGUAUCUCAUAGUGAAACAGGAUGUGCAAAGAAAAGUGCACGAGGAAAUCGACAGGGUGCUAGGCAAGGAUCUCCUACCUCGUAUAGUGUACAAAAAUCGAUUGCCAUACUUGAACGCGACGAUAGCGGAAGUAACGAGGCUGGCGAACGUCGGGCCUACUUCAAUCCCUCAUCGGGCGAUGACUGACUCCAUUCUACUGGGCUACGAGAUAAAAAAGAAUUAUUCCUUGCUGGCUAACUUGCGAAGCGUACAUAUGGACGAGCAGCAUUGGGGAGAUCCGAAGGUGUUUCGACCUGAGAGAUUUAUUAAUGACGAAGGAGAAUUCGUCGAGGAUCCGUGGUUAAUACCGUUCGGCUUAGGUCAUAGAAAGUGCCUGGGCGAGACCUUGGCAAGGAACAGCGUAUUCCUGUUUGUCGCAUGUCUACUGCAGAAAUUUCAGUUUGUGUUACCCCCGGGACAUCCUGACCUCUUUUUAGACGGUGUCGACGGCUUUACGAUCGCACCACCUGAUAUAAGUGUCGUUGCUAUCAAAAGAAUAUGACUGCUUAAUUAUUAACGUACGCGGUGCAUAAACGCGUGCGAGAUAACAUAAAAUUUGUAUACAAGACAACAUUUUAUAUAUGGCAAGGAAAUAAUUGUAGUAUUUUAUAACAGUUAUCU